UCCAUAUAACAUGGGUAUAGUUUUACCAAAGUUAUCUAAUCAUGACUACUAUAAUACUAUACCAUUGGCAGAGCCCAGGCAUUGGCAGCCUGACAAAUACGGGGCACUAACAAAAAAUAUGUCUUUCCCCCCAUGGAUUGGGAGAUAUAUAAAUUGGGAAUAUUUGCCGAAAACAAGUUUACUCACAAUUUGGUGUUAACCAAGUUAUGGCAAAACCUUUAUUCGUUAUUAAGAUAGCACUGCUUGUCAUUACCGUAUUGGACAGCCUAACGAAUGGUGACUCUUUCAAACUCACUGAUCAACAACUAUUAAGUACUGUCAACAGUACUACUAUUACUGUCGCUGCAGACAACCGAUCGGAAACUGUUGUUCCCGAAGCCAAUAACUCGGCUUCUGGUGUCCACACCUAUUGGCUUAAUCUAACCGCUGACAGUGUCGUCACCUCUGAUAAAGUCCAAUUUGGUAGUGAACUAAUACUUCGGAUAUCAGUUUUUCUAUACUCUUGUCUGGCCAUAGCAUACCUGUGCGACCAAUUUUUUGUACCAUCUCUCGAGCAUUUAGGCAAAGCAUUUCAUUUGCCACCGGAUAUCUCCGGACCUAUACUAAUACCGAUCGGCACAUCGGGGCCCGAGAUAUUUUCAUCGGCCAUCAGUGUCUUUUUCACUAACAAUGACAUCGGUACGGGAGCUAUCAUCGGUGGCGCCGUCUUCAACAUGUUGGCCAUUCCGGCUGCCUGUGGUCUGGCUGUGGCCUAUUUUAUCAAAAAGCCGCUCAAAUUGGACAGUUCGCCAAUACUUCGCGAUUUACUCUUCUAUAUCCUAUCGAUUGUUGUCCUGAUUCUUGUCAUCAAAGAUAAUAGAGUUGAUCUAAUUGAUUCAUCACUACUGACACUCCUGUUUGCUCUGUAUGUCGGAGUUAUGAUAUAUAACGCAAAGUUGUCGAUGAACUCUGCUGACCGACUUCAUGACCGCACGACCGAAAAAUUGGUGGCCAUCGAGAGGGCCGAAAGCACACCAUUGCUCGAUAGUAAGUCUCUCAUGAUAUUGGAACAAAUGGCCACCAAUUGCGGUGAUAACAAGUGUGACUGGAAGAAUGCAAAGAAUUAUAGGAAUGGUUACGAAGAGAUUGUCAACAAAAAGUUACAAUUGAGUGAAGAUGACGAUGAAGACAAUGACAAUUGUUUUAUGAACAACUGUUUCUGUUCAUUGAUCUUAUCUCCAGUUUAUCUUAUUUUCUGGUUAACAAUGCCUAAGCGUUGGCCAGUCCUAACAUUUGCUGUCUCUAUUGGAUGGCUAACCGGACUGUCUUAUUGUACCGUUUGGUCAGUCGAUGGGCUAAGUGAACUACUGGCUAUUCCGCAAACAAUCUCCGGUAUGACCCUAUUGGCAGCCGGAUCUGCAGUUCCCGAUUUGGUGACAACUGUAAUACUGAUCAAAAAGAAAGGAUUGGCAUCAAUGGGAAUGUGCGCCACAAUAGCUGCCAACAUAUACGCCAUUGUCGUCGGUCUGGGACUUCCGUGGCUAUUGAAAUGUUUGGUCCAAUUGGUGAACAGUUCGGGCGACUAUUCGCAGGCCUUUAUCACCAUUGAAAGCAAUGCACUUCCCUAUACAUCGAUAGUGUUAUUAGUUAUCAUAUUUGCAUUUAUGUUGACUCUGAAGCUCUGCAAAUGGAAACUAUACACCAGAUUCUCGUUAUUCUGUGCUAUCAUUCAUAUAAUGUUUUUGUCGGCCAGUAUUUCGCUGGAAAUGUUUGUCAACAAAUCGUGAGACAAAUAAAAAAAUUUUGUGACCAAACAAUUCAUGACAUAUAUGUACAAUAUAUAUAUAUA